AUGAUGAUCGAGACAGACUAUAACAAUAUAAAAGAUAAAAGAACUUAUCCAUUGAAUAUAUCGAAAACAACCAUCGAUGUUUCACUUCUUGAUUAUGUUCGAAAAUUAAUCAUAUUGCAAGAAUUAAGAGAUGAAAUGUGGACAGAUGAUCUAUUAACUACUCUAGAAAAAUAUCUUUCUUCAAAUCAACAACGUGUUCUUAUUGUUUAUGUUGAUCAACAUACUUCAUCUUUACAACUUCUUCAUUCAAUUCCAUCUACUGCUACUUCAAUUAAUACUAUUUAUAAUUUAUGUUAUUUUAUUCGUAAAAUUGAUGCAUCAGAUUGUAUUAUAUCAAUUGAUGAUUUUCUUAAACAAAUUCAAUUUGGAUGUAUUAACGGAAAAUCAAUUCCAUGUUUAACAGCACUUGUAUCAAUAUUGUUUGGACCAUUAUUUAUGGAUAUUACUAAAAUACAGGAGAUGAUUAAAAAUGAUUUUGCAAAUGAACUCAAUCAAUUUUUAGCAACAUUCUAUGAAAUACAAUAUAAAAAUAUGUUAUCGAUGACAUAUUUAUUUAUUCCAAAAGAUGGUGUUGAUAAAACAAUUGAAGAACUUGUUAAAGAUAAAGCCCUCGUCACAAGAUUUGAAAGUGUUAUGCUGAAAUGGCAUCAUCAAUUGAAAGAUGUACUCCUUAUUCAAGAUCGUUUAACGAAUAUAAAUGAGCAAUCCAUUGGUAUUCAUGAAGAAAUAAAUUUUUGGCAAGAGUGUCUUACAGAUCUUCAUCAUAUUCGUAAACAAUUACAAAGAACUGAAUUAAAAAAUAUAAUUCAUGUAUUAAUCUUGUCAAAAUCUGCUUAUAUUGAACAAUUUUUACAAGCUGAAAAUGAAGUUCAAGAAUUUAUUGAAUAUGUAGAAGAUUGUUUAAAGUUUUUAAAAAUCUUGGAUGAACCUUCUUUUCAACUCAAUGAUAUAUCAUUAGAAAAAUUAAAAGCAGUGAUUAUCGAUAUAUUCUAUCGAAUUUUAAUUACUUGGCAUCAUUCAAAAUUCUUUGCAACUUCGGAAAGGAUUAAAUUAGUUGUUAGCAAGAUAAAUAAUCAAAUCAUCGGUCGAUGUUCUCGCUCAAUUAGUAUUAAACGUCUUUUUCAAGGCUAUGUACUUUCAACACAAAAUAUUCUUCAAGAAUGUUUUCAAAUAAUUGAUCUUUAUAUGGACACAUGUUUACAUAUCUUAACUAUGCAUGAUAAACAUUCGAAUAAACCGUUAAUGAUAAAUAAUUUUCAAACAGAUGUUCUUUUUUCUUCAAUUCAAUUAUUUCGACAACGUCUAACUGAAAUCGAAGAAAUUUGUGAAUGUAUGAAACUUUUUGGAUGGUAUCGAGAUAAUAAAAAAGAAAGUUUACCUCUGUUUGGUGGUAUCCAAGGGGAUGAAUAUCAACAUACACUCGAAAAAAGUCAACAAGCAUUCGAUCGAGCAUUAUUUCUAUUAAAACGUUAUUCAAAACAUAUGCUUGAUAUCUCCACUCAUUCUCAUUCCAUAUGGUCUCAAGAAUUGAAACGGUUUUUCGAAUCUGUUCAUGAAAUUGAAUUAAUUAUUGUUAAAUUAAUCAAUGAAGCAAUGAUAAAAGCAGUAACAAUAGAACAAAUAAUUGAUAUUCUAGAAAUAUUUGUUAAUUUUCAAUCACGAACUACUAUUAAUCAUAUUCUUAUUGAUAAAACUCGUGAUGUUUAUCGUCUAUUUCUUACUCAAAUCGAAGAUAUUCGUGCUCAAAUAGCUUCUCAUCAAAUAUUAGACGAUAUAAAAAUUGCUAGAAAUUUUUUUGAUCUAUUUCUUCCACGUUAUCCAGCUAAAGCUAUGUGGAUUCAUAAUUUAAUUCAACGUGUAACAAAAAAUUAUUAUCUUCUUAAUGAAUCAUCAAAUUUACCAUAUGUUAUACAAAAAAAUGAAAUCAAAUUAGCUUAUGAAAAAUUAUUAAUAUUUGCUGACAAUACAGAAAAACGUAUCUAUCAAGAAUGGUGGACAAUAUCCAGUGAUUUACAACCAAAAAAAUUAUUAUUAAAACCAUUUUUAAAAGAAAAUAAUGAAAAAAUAUAUUUAAUUGAUGUUUAUUUUGAUCCACAAAUAAUUAUUGCAUUAAAUGAAAGUCUAUGGUGGAUUAGAUUAAGUUAUGAAAUACCUUAUUCACUAACUGAUGUUUAUAAUACAAGAAAGUCAUUUCGACAAAUGAGAGAAGAAACAAAUGGAUUUAUUCGAAAAUUUGAUAAAGCCAUUGAUUCUCUUAAUGAUCAAGAAUUAUGUUUAUUUGAAGAACGUAUUCGAAUGAUUUUAAAAAAAUUACAACCUGGAUUUGUUGGUAAAGUAAAUUAUGUCGAAGAAAAUACAUUUCAUGAUUUUGCUCUUGAAGCAAAUCGUAUUAUUGAUCAGCUAAUUGACAUGGUUACAUCAUUCAAAGACAAUUAUGUUAAAUGUUGUGCUAAAUGUGUUACGAUUAGUCAACAAUUAUUUAUUAAAAUUGAUUUUGGUAUUAUAUUUAAUUUUACAACAUUUGCUGAAUUACUUAAAUCGGUUACUCAUGCAAGUCAACAUCUUAUUUAUGAAAUGUAUGAAGAAAUGGCAGUUGGGAUUCGUGUGCAACAGAUGAUAUUCAAAGAUGAUCCAGAUAAAGUUCUUCAAUGUUGGGAUCAUUGGUUAAGUUCAAUUGAUUGUAUGUUUGAAAAAGCUCUUCUUAUUAAUAUAACAAAUUCUCUUGAACAAUUAUCCUAUAUAAUCAAUGGUGACAUUCAAACAAAACCAACACCAUUUCUUAAUAUUGAACUUUGUUUAAACACAGUCGAAACAACAUCUGGAAAUAUUAAAUAUGUGUUGGAUUUUCGACCAUCACUUGAACAAUUAUCUGAAACUUUAAAUUCAGUAAGCAAAAUUCAAUUAAUUGAAUCAAUUAAAAAUUUCGUACGUCUAUGUGAUCUUUUUUCUUAUCAUCCAUUUCAAAGAGAACCUUAUUAUAUUGUGAUUGAGAAUUAUUCAUUAAAACAAAAAUUAGAAAAUAAAAUUGCUUUAGGUAUAACUAAUUGUAUAUCAGAAAUUGAAAAAUAUAUUGAAAAUAAUUGGUUUCAUUUUCGUCAAUUAUGGGAAGUUGAUAAAGAAAGUUUUAUAGCUGUGUAUGAAUCUGAAAACACUGAUUUACAAGGUUUAGAAGCUGAUAUAGCUCGUUAUACAGAAUUAGCUAAUAAUAUAAAUAAUCAAGAAUCAAUUGUUAAUAUACAUAUGAUACAAAUCGAUUGUAUAUCAUUUAAAGUAUCAUUAGUACAAAUUUGUCAUGAAUGGCAACAAAGUUUAAUACAUAUUGUAUUAGUUCGGUUAGAAAAAGAUCUUCAAAUGAUAUCAACAUUAAUUAAAGAUAAUACAGAAAAAGUGAAUAUUCUUCCAAAAAUUUAUGAUGAAAUUCCAAUCUAUCAAGAAUUUAUCGAUGAACUUAAAUCCGAUGUAUUAAGAAUUGAAGCAAAAUUUCCUUUAAUUAAUGAAGAAGUUGCUUUAUUACUUCGAUAUGAAAUUGAAAUUGAUUCGAAACUUUUAGAACAAUAUCGUUUAUUACCGCGUGUUUGGAAUAAUUAUAAAACAUUUCUUGAUGAAUCAAUAGCUUCAUUUAAACGUGUUAAAGAAGCUUUUAAAAUUCAAUUACAAAAAGAACAAGAGAAAAAUCUUAAUGAAAUAUUUGAAUUACAAAAAUAUUUUAAAAUUACUGGUCCACAUCAAGCUGACAUAUCUGUGUCAAUUGCUUUGAAUAAAUGUGAACAAAUCGAAGAACAGAUUGAACAGAUGGAAAAUGAUGAAAAACGUUUAAAAAUUGCUUAUCGUAUAUUUAAUUUAGAUAUGACUGUUUCGAAAAAUUUACAAAAUCUAAAGAAGGAAAAAGAUUGGAAUAUUCUUGAUUCACUUCGUGAUCGCAUUGAUACAUUUCGUCGUAUAUUACCUUUAAUUGAAUCAUUACAUAAUCCACAUAUGCGUUCUCGACAUUGGGAACAAAUAAAAUAUGAAACAGAAAAAAAUUUUGAAUACAAAUCAAAUAAAUUUACACUUGAACAAAUUCUUGAUUUACAUUUGUAA